GGGGGGCGGGCCUGGACGUGGGGAGUGAAAGCGAAAGCCCAGGCGGUGAACAGGGAGACCGGAGACCUAGCAGCAACUGGAGCAGCAUGGCCAAGCCUUGUGGGGUGCGCCUGAGCGGGGAAGCCCGCAAACAGGUGGACGUCUUCAGGCAAAAUCUUUUCCAGGAGGCUGAGGAAUUCCUCUACAGAUUCUUACCUCAGAAAAUCAUAUACCUGAAUCAGCUCUUGCAAGAGGACUCCCUCAAUGUGACUGACAUGACUUCUCUCCGGGCCCCGCUGGACAUCCCCAUCCCAGACCCUCCACCCAAGGAUGAUGAGAUGGAAACAGAUAAGCAGGAGAAGAAAGAAGUCCCUAAGUGCGGCUUUCUCCCUGGGAAUGAGAAGGUCCUGGCCUUGCUUGCCCUGGUUAAGCCAGAAGUCUGGACUCUCAAAGAAAAAUGCAUUCUGGUGAUCACAUGGAUCCAGCAUCUCAUCCCCAAAAUUGAGGAUGGAAAUGACUUUGGGGUGGCAAUCCAGGAGAAGGUGCUUGAGAGGGUAAAUGCAGUCAAGACCAAAGUGGAAGCCUUCCAGACAACCAUUUCCAAGUACUUCUCAGAACGUGGGGAUGCUGUGGCCAAGGCCUCUAAGGAGACCCACGUAAUGGAUUACCGGGCCCUGGUGCACGAGCGAGACGAGGCAGCCUAUGGAGAGCUCAGGGCCAUGGUGCUGGACCUCAGGGCCUUCUAUGCUGAGCUUUACCAUAUUAUAAGCAGCAACCUGGAGAAAAUUGUCAACCCAAAGGGUGAAGAGAAGCCAUCUAUGUACUGAGCCCAGGGUUAGAGGGGAAAUAAAUGACCUAUACUUUGUGUGGAUAA